CAUCAAUUCCAGCAGCCCCGCUCCCCAGCCAGGCGGAUGCCGAAAUCAGCCAGCCUCCCAUUGGAUUUGAUCCUCCUUUUCUUCUCCCCUUCCCCUCCUCAUCCACUUCCCCGCCCCCCCCAUCCCUGGAAAAGGGGGGGAAACCCAGACGUCGGCCGGGAUCUCCCCCCCCGCCCCAGUCUUCCUUUCUGCCCUGCAUCCCACCCUCCCCAAUUCUUCUCUCCCCACUCUAUUGUUGGCAUGGGCAUAGCCCGUGCCUGAUCCUUCCUAUCGCUUGGCCCCCGCCAGCCCUCCGCUGGGCGGAUUGGCCCCUUCCCUCCUUCCCCUGGGGGCCCUGAGGCGGAGGAAGGAAGGAAGAUGCUUCGGGAUGAAAACCCGGUAGCAGCCCAGGCCAGGCCGGCCCAUCUUCCCGGAGAUGCGAAGCCGGGGUGCCCUCUGGCCCGGGUCCCCCUCAUCCCGUCGGAUGUGUGAAAGCCACCGGGCGCGCCCCCCCUGUCCCACGCACCUCCCCCGUUUCAGGCGGCGGGGCCCGCGCCUGGCUUCCCUACCCCGGGUCCCCCCCGCUCCCUUCCCAGACCUAGGCCAUCUCCCCGCCGGUGGCCCCCGCCGAUCGAUGCCCGCUGAGCCCCGACAAUGCUAAGACAGGGGCCUGUCGUCCUGCUGGCCGCCUCUAUGUCGUAUUUCAACCCGGACAGAGCCUUGGCAGCGCCGCUGGAGAACGAUGGUCUGUCCCAAGGCCGGUUCCCUCUUGCACCCCCAUAUGCCGUGGUCUUGAUCUCCUGUUCGGGUCUCCUGGCCUUCAUCUUUCUCCUGCUCACCUGUCUGUGCUGCAAACGGGGCGAUGUUGGCUUCAAGGAGUUCGAGAACCCGGAUGGGGAGGAGUAUUCAGGGGAGUACACGCCACCCGCCGAGGAGACCUCAUCGUCCCAGUCCAUCCCAGACGUCUACAUCCUGCCGCUCUCUGAGGUCUCGCUCCCGGCUCCCAGCCAGCAGAUGCCCAAGACAGACCUAGUGAAGCAUCUGGGCUUGAGCCGGCAGCACCUCAGCUACCUGCAGGAGAUCGGGAACGGCUGGUUUGGGAAGGUGAUCCUGGGGGAGAUCUUCUCUGACUUCACCCCAGCCCAGGUGGUGGUGAAGGAGCUCCGGGUCAGCGCCGGACCCCUGGAGCAGAGGAAGUUCCUGUCGGAGGCUCAGCCCUAUCGAAGCCUUCAGCACCCGAACAUCCUGCAGUGUCUGGGGCUGUGCACGGAGACCAUCCCCUUCCUGCUCAUCAUGGAGUUCUGCCAGCUGGGCGACUUGAAGCGCUACCUGCGAGCCCAGCGCCAGGCCGAGGGGCUGACCCCCGACCUGCUGACCCGCGACCUCGGCACCCUGCAGCGCAUGGCCUAUGAGCUCACCUUGGGGCUGCUGCACCUGCACAAGAACAAUUACAUCCACAGCGACCUGGCCCUGCGGAACUGCCUGCUGACCUCCGACCUCACCGUCCGGGUCGGCGACUAUGGCCUCUCGCACAACAACUACAAGGAGGAUUAUUACAUCACCCCCGACCGGCUGUGGAUCCCGCUGCGCUGGGCGGCGCCGGAGCUGCUGGACGAAGUUCACGGGACGCUCGUGGUGGUGGAUCAGAGCAAGGAGAGCAACGUCUGGUCCCUGGGGGUGACGAUGUGGGAGCUGUUUGAAUUCGGCAGCCAGCCCUACCGGCACCUGUCGGACGAGGAGGUUCUCGCCUUCGUCAUCAAAGAACAGCAGAUGAAGCUGGCCAAGCCACGCCUGAAGCUGCCCUAUUCCGACUACUGGUACGAGGUGAUGCAGUCCUGCUGGCUGCCGGCGCCACAGCGUCCCACGCUGGAGGAGCUGCACCUGCAGCUGACCUACCUUCUGACGGAGCGCUGCCAUGCGCAGGCGGAGGAGAGUUUCGAGUGGCGCUGGAAUGCCCUGAAGCCCAAGCGCUCACCGGCCGCCUCCCCCGCAAGCCGGCGCCGCUCGGAGGAGAUCUCGGCCUACCCGCUGCUGGAUGGCUUCCAGGGGGCCGACCUGGACGAUGUCCUGACGGUCACCGAGAGCAGCCGGGGGCUGAACUUCGAGUACAUGUGGGAGAAGGCCCGGCUGGGGCGCUGGAAGGCCGGGGCUGCCCCCUCCAGCAACGGCGGCCUGGCCGUGCCCGGCGCCAACCCCUUCUACGAGGCGCCGGCGCGGCAGAGCCUGGAGACGCCCAGCGUGGUCCCGGUGAUUAGCGCCCGCAGCCCCUCGGUCAGCAGCGAGUACUACAUCCGGCUGGAGGAGCACGGGGACGGGGAAGGGCCCGAGGGCACUGUCUGCACCCCCAGCCCCGUCUACGAGCGCCAAUACGGGGUGCCCGGCUCCCCGCCAGAGCCCCUCUUCCCUUCCGACUGGGACCCCAUUGAAGCAGGCCGGGGCAGCCCCCCGCCACCAGCCCGCCGCCGCCUCCUGCCGGAGGGGCCGUCCAGCUGGGCCCCCGGUGCCACCAACCCCUUCAUCUCGGCGUCCCGGGAGCCGGUGGGGCGUGGCGCCAACCCCUUCCGGGCCGAGAUCCAGGAGACCUCGCUGACGGAGCCGGCGCCAGGGGGCGUCUUCCUGGGGGCGUCGCUCCUGCACGUGUACCGGGGGCUGCAGGAGCAGCAGCACGGCUGGGACUGCGAGGGGCUGGAGGAGCGGGGGGCCGGGGAGACGCUGGCGGGGGACCCCUCGGAGUUCCGCCCCUCGCCCCCCUGGGACCGGGAGCCCUCGCUGAUGGAGGAGCAGAGCUCAGCCGGCAGCACGGACGGGGAGGACGCCAGCAGCGGGGGGGGCGGGCGUCGCAACCCCCUGCUCUGCCCGCUCUGCAGCCGGGGCGGGCGGUGCCGCUGCGCCCCGGGCCGGGGGGAGGUCGUGAGCGGCUGGAGCAACCACGCCCCCAUCCCCCGGCCCCACCGCGACAGCUACGGCACCGAGGACGACUCCUCCCUCAAGGUGGAGCGGGGCUCCCUGGCCGACUGCCCCAUCCUGCUGGGAGAGGGGCCCCCCGGGGCCGGAGAGGGCGGGGCCGGGCCGCUGGCCCCGCCCCCGCCCUCGGCGUUCUACGACCCGCUGAUGGGCGCGGCCGUGGUGAGCUACGAACUCCAGGACUACCCCAAGCGGGGGGCGGCCGGGCGGCCGCCGGGCUCGCCCUUCCCCGGCCUGACGGCCGCCUGCUGCAGCGCCAUCGUGCCGGUGGAGAUCCCGCCCCUGGCCACGCUGGCGGAGAGCACCGACGAGGAGACCAUCGCCAUCGUGCCCGAGGCUGCGGACGGCUUCGCGGACGGCCCCCAGAUCGGCCUGGCCCUGGCGGGCCGGCCGAAGGGCCCGCUGGACUCCGGGGACUCGCUGGACCUCCCCUCCAACGCCAGCUCCUCCGAGGGCUGCAGCCCGGCCUCCCGCUUCUCCUCGCCGGGCCAGAAGUUCCCCGACAGCGGCUACGAGACGGAGAGCACCUUCUCCCCGGAGCUCCUCGUCCGGGAGGCCGAGGAGCGGACCGAGGAGGAAGAGGACGGGGAGCUGCCCGGCCAAGGGGACGCCCCCCAGCGGCCCCCCACGCCCCUCUCGGAGUCCACCAGCGACCUGACACUGUCGGAGGCGACGCCGGGGAUGGAGGAGGAGGUGGACGUGGGGCGGGGGCUGGCCUGUUUUUCGGACGGCGAGGCAGAGGGGGGCCAGGGGGAGGAGGAGGUGCCGGCAGCGGGGCAGGGCGGGGGGCAGCUGGCCAAGACAGAGGCCGGCUUCGUGGUGCAGGUGUGCAAGGAGCAGCUGCUGGUGUCGCUGCGGGAGAACAUCACCCGCAACCUGCUCUGCAGCUACCGGGACCCAAGGACCCCGGCGUCCGGGGCCCCAGCUGCCAAGGAGGAGGCCGUGAUCCGGCUCUGGGCCCUGGAGCCCGAGGGGGCCCAGGGCACCCAAGACGAGGAGGAAGGGGGCAGCGGAGAGGCGGCAGGCGGGCUGCCCCAGGAAGAGGAGCAAGGGGCGGAGAGCGAGGAAGGGCAGCUGGACGGCCAGGGGGCGCCGGAGCUGAGCGGGGAGGCCCCUGUCCCCAGCCCCGAGGGGGCCGACCCGGCGUCUGAGCAGCCGCAGCCCCACUCCGACUUCAGCACGGCGGGGAGCCCAGGCAGUGAGGACAUCAAAGCCAAGGUCUCGCGCCUGUCUCUGGCGCUGCCCCCGCUGAGCCUGCAGCCCUUCGCCGGCCCGGGGGGGCGGAAGAGCUGCGGGGGGCUGGCGCCGGAGGAGGAGGGGGCCGGGCGGGGGGCACCGGGGCCGGGCGAGGAGGAGGAGGACGAGGAGGCGCCGGGCGCCGGGGGCGUCCCCAUCGUGGUCAGCGACUCGGACGACGGGCGCAACCUGCGUGGGCUGCUCAAGUCCCCGCGCUCGGCCGAGGAGGCUGCCGAGCUGGACCGGAAACGCAAGAUGGUGUCCUUCUUCGACGACGUCACCGUCUACCUCUUCGACCAGGAGACACCCACCAACGAGCUGAGCUCACAGAGCGGCCCGGAGGGCGAGGGCGGCACCACCCAGGGCCCCACGGGGCAGCCUGCCCUCGAGGCCUUCCCGCCCGCCGACGGAUUCAGUGGCAGCUUUGAAUGGGACGACGAUUUCCCGCUGAUGGCCCAGAACCCAUCUUUCGUCUCCAUGGUGACGGACCCCAGCUCGGGGGCUCUCCCGACGCCGCCCCCCGUGCUGCUCCCAGCCAAGGGGGCAGAGCCCAGCCUGAUGGAUGCCCUGCGCUUCUCCCGCUUCACCGUCUCCCCCGCCCUCGAGCCCCACCUGGCCCCCCGCGAGGCCGAGCUGGCACCCACAGCCAACCCCAUUGAGAACUGAGGCGGGGACCCACCCCGCAGCAAUCAGGGACUCCAUGGGGUGGCGCCAGGCCAUCGCCCCCCCCACACCCUCACCCGCUAGCCUGGCUGGGAGACGCAUGCGCCAGGCAUGUUCUGGGGGACACAGAGACCCAUUGGCGCCCGGACGGGGGGGGGGCACAGCCAGCAUUUUGGGGAUCCCUCCCCCCACGAGUGCCCCCACAAGAACUUGCUUCUCUGGACAAUUUUUUUACAGUGACUCAGACGAUGGGGGGCAAGCAGGGGGGCAGCCAGGCUGCUGAAUGUACCUGCCCCACCGUGCCCCUCUCUGCCCGCUUCCCCCCACAUGGGAGUUUGCUGUCAAAACUCUGUCUUGUGCCAAAUCCAACCUCGAGGGGCAGCGAGCUACGUAUCAGGGUGGGGGGCUCAGACUGCCCCCCCCGAGCGGCGUGGGGGUGGGGCCUGGAAUUGGUCCCCCUACCGGUUUGUUUAACUCUUUGUGUCUCAAGCAAAGAGGGGAAAUGCCCCAUAACUCAUCAGCAAUGGGGGGAUCCCCCCAACCAGCCCUGCCCCCCCCCACACUGUGGAAUGUAGGCCCCAAAGCUGCCACCUGCUUCCCCCUCCUGGCACCAGAUGCCACCUGAUGGAUGGACAAGGGGGGGCAUCAUUAUACAGACACCUUCGUGCCCCCCCCAGGAUAUGCACUGACAAUGGAGCAUCCCUCCCCUGCAGCUGGAGAUCAGCUGGGGCCCUGGGGUUCAGCGGGGAGGGGGAAUGGCGGGGUGGGGGGAGAUGGUUUGUCUUAAAAGGUCUGACGCUCACUGGUUUGUACUGGGGGCAGAGUGGAGACCCUGGGCUGGGGCAGGCGGCUGCUGGGUUAUUACCAGCACUGGAGGGGGGCACCACCGGUUUAUACUGGAAGCCUGAUGGAGUCCGUGGGGGUUACGGAGCCUUUUGGGGGGAGGUUCACUGGGUAUAUUUUCUAGUCCGUGGGGCCCAUCCCCUGCCUUUUGCCCAUUGGGGUGCAUGGGGAUAGGCUUAGUGAAUGGGGCACGGGGCCUUUCUCCUCUAGGGGCUGCCAGUUCCCAUCUGGCCCCAGGGUGGGGGGGACUGGCUGGCUCAGGGGGGCAGGGAAUGGGACAUGGGGCCUGUCCCCUCUAGGGGGCUCAUCUACCUGGUAUCCUGCCCCCUCCCUCACAGAUCAGACCCAUGGGUCCCUCUAGCCUGGUGUCCUGCCCCCCUGGAUCAGACCCACAGGUCCCUUUACCCAUGGGUCCCACCCCCUCGCCUAGCCCUAUCUGGCCUGUGUCAGAAGUGGGGCUGGGCCUGGAUUUCACCGGCACCCUCCAGCGUGCGUUUCUGGAUCAGUUUGUCAUUAAUGGGGGGAUCCACCUGCCCCCUCCGGCAAGAACUGAGCCUCCCCCCCACCACCACCUGCCAGGCAGCUGCCAAACAAGGCCGGGUCUGUAAAUACGUGGGCAUGGGUAGACCUUUGGCCUGCUCCCAAUUUGCCAAAAUGAACAAAGAGAUUAAAAAAGAGUGAAUAUUAAA